AUGGAGAUGGCAAGUUCCUUUGGCUCCCAGCUCAUCACUCUCAUCUUUCUCCAGCUCCAGCUGCCUGCUGGCCUGUCAGGUAGGAGCAUGGGGGAUGCCAGCACAUUCCACCCAGUCCCACUGGGAGGCACAGCCAACCUACUCUGUCCUGUCUCUCUCUGGCCUGGGAUGGUGCCAGAGGAGGUGAGGUGGUUGCGGUCCCCACCACCACAGAGCUCUCAGGUUGUUCACGUGUUUCGGGAUGGGAAGGAAUGGGAUGAAGAUCUGAUGCCAGAAUAUAAGGGGAGGACGGCACUGGUGAGAGACACCCAAGAGGGAAGUGUCACUCUGCGCAUCUACAGCGUGAGCCUUGAGGAUCGAGGGGCUUUCCGAUGUCUAGUCCGCAUUGGAAACCAGAGCAGAGAGGACACUGUGACCCUGCAAGUUGCAGCCCCAUCUCCUGGAAGGGUCUCAUCCUUAGAAGUGGUUCUUACUGGGAUCCUUUUUGUCCUGCUUCUUCUCAUCGUGGUAUGCAUUUGGCUUAUCUGGAAGCAAAGAAAAUCAAAAGAGAAGCUUCUCUAUGAACAGGUGAUGGAGGUAGAAAAUCUUCUCUCAGAACAUGCAAAAGAAAAAGGAAGACUCCAUAAAGCCUUCAAGAAACUCCGAAGUGAACUAAAGUUGAAAAGAGCUGCAGCAAACUCAGGCUGGAGAAGAGCACGGCUGCAUUUUGUGGUUGUAACCCUGGACCCAGACUCAGCACAUCCCAAGCUCAUCCUGUCUAAGGACCGAAAGUGUGUGAGGCUUGGAGACAGAAGGCAGCCUGUGCUCGACAACCCCCAGAGAUUUGAUUUUGUGGUCAGUGUCCUGGGCUCCGAGUACUUCACAGCUGGCUGUCACUACUGGGAGGUGUGUGUGGGAGGCAAGACCAAAUGGAUCCUCGGUGUGUGCAGUGAGUCUGUGAGCAGAAAGGGGAAGGUCACUGCCUCCCCUGCCAAUGGACACUGGCUUGUACGACAGAGUGGUGAGAACAAGUAUGAAGCUCUCACAUCCCCGCAGAUCUCCUUUCGUCUUAAAGAGACUCCUCAGUGUGUCGGGGUUUUCCUGGACUAUGAAGCAGGGGUCAUCUCUUUCUAUAACGUGACUGACAAAUCCCACAUCUUUACUUUCACUGAUAGUUUCUUGGGCCCCCUUCGCCCUUUCUUUGAGCCUUGUCUUCAUGAUGGAGGGAAAAACACAGCACCUUUAGUCAUUUGUUCAGAACUACAGCAAUCUAAGGAAUUAGUUGCCCCCAAGCCAGAAGAAAAAUUCAGCCCCAAUGGAGAUGUGUGCCUGAAGGCGAACUCUUCCUUACUACCUACUCCGGCCCCAGUUGGGGAUAUGCUCUUGCCCUUUCCCUCUGAUCUUGGCCCUGCCCUUCAGGGGCUUAAAGCUCCUUCUUUUUAG